AUGGCCGAUGCUCUAAGUAUCGCCGCCUCCAUUACUGGCCUCCUGGCAACGGCGAGCAAGAUCUGCUCCGCCCUCUCCGGCUUCGUCUCGAGUGCCAUCGACGCACCGGACGCGGCGGGUGCCGUUUUAACCACCGUCGAGGAGAUGCGCCUCGCGCUCGAGAUGGUGAACCAGGUCGUUGAGACAGUUUCUAGUCUCCCGAGCGCGCGGAAGGCACUCUUGCGGCUCGAUCAUAUUGCCAUCACAUUUUCCAACUGCAUCCUCACUCUGUCGGAGCUCGAGUCUCUUGUCUGCUUUAGGGAUGGCGUCAUGCAUCGAUUGCGAUGGGCUUGGGGUGAGAAGAAGGUGCUGCGACUUCUUCCGCGGCUGGAGUCGCAGAAAACUUCGCUUUCGCUGAUGGUAACGGUGCUUCUGUGCCAAUCGGAGUUUGAGGCCCUUGAAGGACGAGAGAGGUUGAACGCAGCUGUCGACCAGAUUCUCCAACGGGAUGAAGGGUUUGCGGCACGCAUACAGCAUUUUGAUGGUAGCCCUGAAAUCGAGGAGAAACUUGUCGUUGUCGGAGACCAUGAUACAAAGAAGACCGAGACAUUGACUUCAUACACCACCAACAAGUUCCCCACGGAAUACGUGCCCACUGUGUUUGACAACUAUGCUGUUACUGUUAUGAUCGGCGAUGACCCUUACACCCUCGGGCUCAUCAAUACCGACGGGCAAGAGGACUACGACCGCCUACGCCCCCUCGAUUAUGCGAAAACCGACGUCUUCCUGGUAUUUGCCCGCAUUGGACUGCCCUCUACUUAUGACAGCGUCGAGAUAAAAUGGGUCCCCGAGAUCCAGCAACAUUGUCCGGGGGUCCCUUUCAUCAUUGUCGGAAUCAAAUGCGACGUCGACGAGGAAAGCCCCUCCAUGAAACGAAUGAAUUUACACGAUCUUAACGGUUCCGAGGCACUAGGAGAAGCCAUGGCACGGAGGCUUGGGGCUGUGAAUUAUAUGGAAUGCGAUAUUGUUUCGCAAUACCGUCUCAAGGGCGUGUUUGACGAGGUGGGUUUUCCUACCUUGGGCGAGGAGAAGAUUUCCUGA